GGAACUGAGCCAAUUCUGGACAUGAGCCAUUUCUGGAGACGCAAUCCCUGCUAUUUCGAUCAGCAUGCCCUCCUCCUCAGAGUCCAGACCAAGAAGGGUGCGGUCACGUUCCUCAAGACGAAGGUCCCGUUCCGAUCGACGCCGCAGCCCUCCACGGCGCCGGGACAGCCGCGACCGCCGGGACCGCCGGGACAGCCGCGAUCGACGGCCCAGUCCCCGCGAUCGGCGGAGCCGGAGCCGGGAGCGUCCCGAGCGUCCCGCUUCAAGAUCGAGGUCCAGGAAGCGGCCCACCGUCACCCCAGGGGGUGGCAUAGAGACGGUCGAGGUCAAGGUGGUGGAUGCUCGUACGCGCCACAGUGGUGAACAAACCUUUCAAGCGGAAAUCUACUUGGGCCUGGAUGCAGCUGCAGCAGGCCGCCAGCGAACUAUGUGUGUCCGCGGGCCCUGCCGGGUGGACAAAAGCCAAGCACAAGAGGAUGCUGACAAGAUGGAGGAUGCCUCGAGAGACGGCAUGAAAGCGGUCCGGGAAGUGGCUGCAAAGAUGAAGAGGGCACGUAUCUCGACCACACCAGCGUAGUGAGGUGGCCCUGGCCGGUACAUCUACUGCGCAAAGUCAAAGUCCUUUCAGUUGGAGAUCGCUGAUCACCAUGGAUUGUUGGUAUUCUUCCAUUGAGUUGCCUGAUUAGAU